AUGGCAGCCCAUACCGAAUCCAGUGGAACUACUAGUACCAGUACUAGUAGCCCUACUACUGGUACUACACAGAGAAGACCACACAACAACCUCCACAACAACUGCCACAACGACAGCACAGACCAUCAUGAUCAUCAUCAUCAUUCUACUACCGGUGGUACCCGUCGACCACCUCCCAAGUUUUCAGCUUCCAUUGCGCUGACACAAGCCGCCCAAAGAAAGCAACGGCCGCACUUUUGGCAUCACGGUCAAGAUUUGCUGAGUGAUGAAGUGCUGUAUCAGACAGCCCGUGCCAUGGUGCAGAAUGUUCCCGUGAAGGAUCGCAAGUACCAUUUGAAAACAUUUCACGAUUGUUUUGUGGGAAGUCAAGCCAUUGACUUUCUCGUCGAUUUUCUUCAAUUGCAUUCACGACGUGAUGCUCUCCGAGUCGUCAAGGAAAUGAAUGCCAUUUUGCACAUUUGCGAACACGUCACACACGAUCACAACGAUCAAAUCCAAGAUGCGCAUCUCUAUUAUCGGUUUACCGAUUUCUGUUCCUCCCGUCAAUUCACACUGUUGGAAGUGAUGCGGGCAUUUCAACGCGGUAUCCAAGUGGCCGAUCGGACCUAUCGAUUGGUCACGUACCCGCAGUGUUUUGUGGGCACCGAAGCCGUCGAUUUUCUCGUCCAGUACAAAUUUGCCCACUCGCGGCAACAAGCCGUGCAACUGGCACGACAAUUGGCAGAAAAAUACGAAUUGUUUCAGCAUGUCACGGGACAACAUGAAUUCAAAGAUGAGUACAUUUUCUAUAAAAUGCUGGUUCCCAAUGUGGAUGCAGGCAUGUCGGAAAAAUGCAGAAAGGCGGAGGAAAAGAAGGCACUCAAGAAAUGGAUCAUGGUCUUUACGGCUGUUGCAAUCAUCCUAUAUUACUACAUGUUCUAA